CAGAAGGGAGAAGAACGCUUCUCGCGAAUCAUUCGCUUUCUCGUCCCGGUCAGUGAACAUAAACAGCAAGCAACGAUUCCAGUUCAGCGCCGGGUCUGUUCGGGAGCGCACGUCGUUUAAUUAGUAUUCCAAGCUCGGUACAGUUAGUCUGUAACCCUCGUAAACACUUUUGGACAAGAAGUGAUAAGUUAUGACAGGUCUAAGUGCAGAAAUCUUUGAUUUACCGGCGAGGCAAUUUCGCCUCGUCUGGGGUGCGUCCGGAAAUUUGUGGCAAUCGCUGUGGGAUCAAUUUCUGGAUAUUGCAGGUGAUGACCCAUUUCGGUUGUGGAUUUUUGGAACGCUCACUUUCACCACGCUCCUCUACUGGGCAAUUGGCAGCGUCUACACACUGUUCGAUGUGACCAAUCAGCCCGCCUUUCUGCGUCGCUACAAAGUUCAACCCGGUACCAACGAACCUGUGGACGGUGAUCGGCUCAGAAAGGUAAUUCGCCAGGUACUGUUCAAUCAAUUUUUCACCGGACCUCCGCUACUGCUGGGUUUGUACUACCUUAUGGGUCCCCAAACGCGGGAAUCCAUCCGCCAACUGCCAACCUUUCCGACGGUGGUCUGGCAGCUGCUCGCUUGCAUCGUAAUUGAGGAGUUUGGCUUCUACUACAGUCAUCGUCUGCUGCACGCUGGUCGAAUCUACAAGUUUAUCCAUAAGCAGCACCACGAGUGGACGGCACCCAUUUCGAUAACUGCGAUGUACUCGCAUCCGCUUGAAAACAUUCUCAGCAAUCUACUUCCGAUUGGUGCCGGAGUUUAUGCUACUGGAUGCCACAUAGCCGUCGCUUGGUUGUGGUUUAUGUUGGCAAUCGCCAACACGUUGCAUGUCCACUCCGGUUAUCAUCUGCCGUUUUUGCCCAGCCCGGAGCAACAUGACUUCCAUCAUUUGAAGUUCAAUCAGUGCUACGGAGUGCUGGGUUUCCUUGACUGGUUGCACGGAACUAACAGCUUGUUCAUGAGCUCGAAACAAUCCGAGCGGGAUUAUAUACUCACGAAGUUCAUGCCGGUGCGCGAGAUUCAUCCGGACUCGGAGAAUGUUUCCAACGGGAAAACAAAAUAAUUACUAGGGUAAAUACAGGUGAACUCUAGAUUAAUCCACUGAAACGGAAUCGCUUAAAGAGUUAAGUAUGAAAAGAGUAAGAGAUUUGUAUAAUAACAGAUAAAGUUGAACAGUAAAUUCUCGCACAAUGCUUUGAAGGUAAAA